AUGGCAGAUGGUGCAUUCCGGUUCCAUCAGCCUGGAGCCGGGCAGUUUUAUCCCACACAGCACAACAAUCAUCGAAAUCAGAAUCGAGCUACUUCACCAUCCGGCGGUCGGCGACCCUUCACGAACGAUACACCCUCUCCCUCGCGGUCACCCGUGAACCCGUCUCUUGGCCACAAUUUCACCAUGUACUCUCAAAAUGGAUAUCAGACUCAACACGGGUUGAUGAAUGGGGCUCAGAAUCAUCAGCGUUAUGGCAACCUCCAAAUGCCGAAAUAUCAGCCGCAGCACCAUGUUCACCAUAACGCGGCGCAACAUCAUGUGCAACAUCAUCAUGCCGGGCAGCUAGGGCACCAGCAUACCAUUUCGUCAGGCGGCUUCCCAUCUGCGACCCCUCACCUUCCCUCGUACGCGCACGAGCACAUGCAGAACGGCAACGGCAACGGAUUACCCUCCGAUGAUGCGGAUGAGCUGGAUAAUGAGUACUGGCGAGAGCAGAGACAUUUUUGGGAAGAGAGCAAGGAGAUGACUGGACAACAUCACCGCGCGAAGACUGUUGCACAACACUCCAAAGGGGUCAAUUACGUGCCGCUGGGAGCAGCUGCGGAGGAUCUUCAAUCAGAUAGUCACCGGACUGCCACCUCGAAUGGACAAACCGUGAGCAAACAAACCUGGGAUGAACUCGACCUGGGUGGACAAGGCCUUUGUGCACUUUCCCCCGUACUAUUCAAUCCGUCAUACCAUUUCCUCAAACGGCUCGACCUAAUGUACAACCAAUUAGAGACUCUGCCACCUGAGAUCGGUCGAUUAAGGAAUUUGGAGUACCUGGACGUGUCAUUCAACCAACUUACCGAGCUUCCAGAGGAGAUAGGGAUGCUUACGAACCUCAAACAUCUGCUUCUCUUCAACAACCAUAUUCAAACCCUUUGUUACGAACUGGGAUUCCUGUACAAACUGGAAAUGCUUGGUGUGUAUGGCAACCCCUUGGAGCAAGGACAACGAGACAAGAUCACGGAGGGUGGCACUAGAAAAUUGAUCGAAUAUCUCCGUGAGAGCAUGCCAGAACCCCCACCACCCCGCGAAAGAGAGUGGCACCAGCUUGAGGAGGUGUCGGAGACCGACGUGGAUACCAUCAAAGUCUUGAAUUACAAUAUCUUGUGCGAUCGCUACGCCACCCAACAGCAGUACGGCUAUGUGCCGGAGCGCGUUUUGGGAUGGGGCUUCCGCAAGACGUUGAUACUUGAAGAAAUCCGCGAAAUCAAUGCCGACAUUGUGUGCCUGCAAGAGUUGGACCGCUGCAGCUACGAUGACUUCUUCCGCGGGGAGCUGUCAAUCUCGGGCUAUAAAGGGUACUAUGCGCAGAAGAGCCGCGCCGAGACACUGGGCGACAAUGCCAAGUUCGUCGAUGGAUGUGGCACGUUCUGGAAAGACAAGAAAUAUGUGCUUCUCGACACCCAGCAUCUUGUUCUCGGAAGAAAGGCUGUCGAGCGGCCUGGCGCCAAAGCAUCGGCUGAUAUGCUGAACCGAGUCUGGCAGAGGGAUGACAUCGCAACCGUGGUCUUCUUGGAAAACCGCGUGACGGGUUCGAGGCUCAUCGUGGUCAACGCUCACAUCUACUGGGACCCGGCAUUCAAAGACGUGAAACUCAUUCAAGCAGCCGUCCUGAUGGAAGAACUCCAGAAGCUUGCCGACAAAUACACGAAGGUUCCGCCGGCGACAAACAAACAAGUCUUCCGAUUCUCAGACGCGGACGAUACGCCACAUCCUGAUCCCGGCCCUUCUCUGGCAUACACAUCGGGAACUCAGAUCCCGCUGAUCAUUUGCGGUGACUUCAACUCUGGGGCUGGUUCCGCAGUAUACGAUCUAUUCACCAAGAAGGGGAUGAACGCUGAGCAUGCCGACCUGGACGGCAGGGAUUACGGCGCCUUCUCCCGGGCCGGCAUGCAACAUCAGUUCACGCUCAAAUCCUCCUACGGCGCCAUUGACGAAGAAAUGCCCUUCACCAAUUACACGCCUUCCUUUGUCGACGUGCUGGACUACAUCUGGUACUCGAGCAACUCCUUGAGGGUGGUGGGCUUGCUGGGCGCCGUGGACCCGGAAUACCUGAAACGAGUGCCCGGGUUCCCCAACUUCCAUUUCCCCAGUGACCACAUCGCCAUCGUGGCCGAGUUCAAGGUUGAGAAGCAGCGGAAUGUGCAGAAGGCCGUGGAGGCCGACUUCGGACCCUCGAGCAAGAAGUAG